AUCGAAAAGUUGCAAUUCUCAAUUGUGAAAUCGGAGUGGUUUAUUUCUAUCUUUCAAUAUUAAAAUGUGUAACAAAUUUGUUGUUUUCUUUCAUCGAAAGAGUUCAGCAUGGCAGCUUAUGGAGCUCUAGUUUCUCUUAUGCAUAUCAUAGAUACCCUUCACAAACAUCCUUCUCCUCCCAUUUCUAUCGACACAAAACAAGUUGAAUCUCUCACUCAAGUUGUUACCUACUUGCAGGAGUUUCUUGAUGGUUAUAUUUCCCCUGUUGUUGUCGAUGGCCGUGAAGCUGAUCCAUUGGAGCGUCGUAUUGCAGAUGCAGUUUAUGCAGCUGAGGACGUGAUCGAAUCCCAGAUUGUGGUUCAAAUUGAUAGCCAUAAAGCCGAUCCAUCGGACAGUCGUAUUGAAUCCUCAAUACACGGGAAGAGAAGUAGUUUUAUCAACUUUUUUCGAGGUGUACGUAAAUUCACAAGCACAAGCCCAGCUGCCGAAAACGACUUCUAUCGCAAUAUGCAAAAAGUGAUAGAAGAAAUGAAUCUGAUCAAGAAUAAAGCCAUGGAGAUUGAAGCCGUUGCUCUGCUGCGAGGCAAGGCCUCUUCGAUUCAUGUUGGUUCCUUAACGAAUUCUUCCAUUGUUAAGGACAACAUGAUGGUGGGCUUUGAUGAAGUGUUUCUCGAAGUCUUGGAAAAGCUGACUAGUUAUCAACUCAGCCGCGAAAUCAUCCCCAUCAUGGGUAUGGGUGGAAUUGGUAAGACCACUCUUGCCAGAAAUCUAUUUGAGAAUGACCUUGUGAAAGAGCACUUUGAUAUUCGUGCUUGGACUACAAUUUCUCAAACUUAUAAUGUUAGAGAAACACUUAGAGAAGUCCUUUUCCAAGCAAGUGGUGAUUCAAGUAGUGAUCUGGGUGAGGAAGAAUUGGGUGAAAAAUUAUACAAGUUUUUAUAUGGUAGGAGGUAUCUUGUGAUAAUGGAUGAUAUGUGGAGUGUUGAUGUGUGGGAGAAGAUCAAAUUUUUCUUUCCUGAUAAUGGAGAUGGAAGUCGAAUAGUCGUAACAACUAGGCUGUCAAACUUGAGUUCUCAGUUGAAUGAGUUUUAUAGAGUUGGUAUGAAUUUCUUAGAUGAAGCUAAUAGUUGGGAUUUGUUUUGUAAAAUUGUAUUUGGGAAAGAAAGUUGUCCUCUUGAGUUUGAGAAAAUUGGGAAGAAUAUUGUAGCAAAUUGUAAAGGGCUUCCUUUAUCAAUUGCUACGAUAGGAGGCCUUUUGGCAAAAUCCCAACACACAAGAGAAUAUUGGGAGCUUAUAGAGCAAAAUAUAAAUUCAACUGUUAUCAACACUAAUGAUGAAUUUUGCUUGAAAAUAUUGAGGAUGAGUUAUAUCUAUUUGCCAAACUAUUUGAAGCCAUGUUUUUUAUAUAUGGGUGUUUUUGGGGAAGAUCGCCGUAUCCGUGUGUCAAUGCUCGAGAAGCUUUGGAUUUCUGAAGGAUUUUUAAAACCAAGGAAUGAGAAAAGUUUGGAAACAAUUGCACAAGAAAACUUGGAAGAGUUGGUUAAUAGAAAUUUGGUUUUAGUUGAUAAGUUGGGGUCUAUUGGAAAUAUCAAGUACUGUAAAAUGCAUGAUUUAGUGAGAGAUUUAUGUUUGAAAGAAGUUGAAAAGGAAAGGUUUUAUCAUGUCUUAAACGAUGAUCCUCUGAUAUCUUUGUCACAUGCUCGUCGGGUGGUUCUUAAUGAUGGAGAUUUGUUUCACAAUGAAUUAUCAGGAUCAUUUUCACAUGCUCGCUCCAUAAUAUAUGAUUAUUAUCAUAACUAUGGAUGGUUAGUUGGAAAAGUUCGACUGCCUCACAAUCUUAGAUUGUUGAGGACAUUAAAAGCAUACAAGGAAGAUGUUUCGAGUGGUUCUUAUCUCCUAGAUAAUGUGUUUGAAUUGGUGAAUUCACGUUACAUUGCUGUUAACGUUCGUAAAAAGUCCAAAUUCCCCUCUUCAGUUGAUCUGCUUUGGAAUCUACACACACUGAUUAUUCAUGGUUCCGAUGAUUUCAUGGCACCGAUUGAAAUUUGGAAAUUGCAUCAACUUCAACAUCUCAUGUUUGGUAAAAGCAAGGUGAUUCUCCCAGUCCCAGAUCCUCGCAGUGAGGACGACGAUGACAUUGUUAUUAUGGAGAAUCUGCAGACACUCAAGGGAGUAAAGAAUUUGUUUUUGGAUGAGGAAGUAGUUAAAAGGAUUCCGAAUGUGAAGAAAUUGUGUAUUACAUAUGUUAAGGAGAAGAAACAAAUGGAGGGAGAAAACUGCCUCAACUAUCUUCAAUGUUUGAAUAAAUUAGAAAACUUCAUGUGCUCCACCAGUAAUGGAUGCGGUAAGUAUUUGAAGAGUAUUAGGAUUCCACACUCACUCAAGAAGUUAUCUAUUUCCUCUAUUGAUACGGAGGUGGAAGACAUAAUGUCCAAAAUCGGUUCAUUGCCUCUUCUUGAGAAGUUUGUAUUAGAGCGUGGUUGCUUUAGAACAGGCAAGUGGGAAACAACUGAAGGCCAAUUCCCAAGCCUCAAGUUUCUACAAUUGGAUUACUGCAGUGGUCUAAAAGUUUGGAUUGUGUCGGAAAAUUCUCAUUUUCCGACCCUCCAGAAGCUUCAUCUUCAUUACGUACGUGAAUUGAAUGAGAUCCCAUCCGCAGUUGGAGAAAUAGCAACGUUGAAAUCAAUUAAAUUGGAUUAUUGCAGUGAAGCAGUGGUGGAGUCAGCUAAAAAGAUAGUAGAGGAACAAGAGGAUUUAUAUGGAGACCGACAGCUUCAUGUUCAAGUUAGUGUUUGGAAGAGGGAAGAAGCACUGAAGAAAUUGGCAAGUGCCCACUUUGAAGUUAAAGUGGAAAGCUUUUAGAGUAUCAUUGAAGAUUUAUCGAAAAGUAUUGCAUCGCAGUCCGCCCACAACAAACUGAGCUAAAGGGAAGGAUUGAAGAGAUAUAUACAAAGCUGUUACAACUACUUUGCAACGGUCAUGAAAGUUUUUUUCAGAUUGGUGGAUUAUUCGAUUUUGUUGAAGCGGUUACCGUGUGCAGGGUUGUAUAUAUAUUCUCAAUUCUCACUAUACUAAAACUUUCAAAGAUGUGUAGUAAGCUAAGCUAUAAUAGCAUAGUUUCUAAACACAUUUAUACUAUUUUCAUGCUAUCUAUGCUCCUACUUUCUUAGU